UUUAACCUUCUCACACGGCUCGUCUGACUAUUCUGUAUGCACUCCGAUUGAGAGACCGCUUAAAGGACGAGUCAGUCCCCAUAAUCGACCGGAAUCUUGCGAUUCCUGAUCUGACUAGAUUCAACCAUCAAUUGGCUAUUGCACAAAUACCCCGAGCGUGUCAUUUUUUCGAUACCCGCCCUGGAAUUCAGCUGUGGAGCUGGCCACUACCGCAAGGAGGCUGGAUCUCAAAUUGUGUGCAUUUGCAGCACGCUACGACUCCGCAAUAGUGCAAGUGCCUUUUAUGUGCACACAUCACAUUGAGAGGGGUCCUUGAUACCUUCGUGCCUUCAAUUAUCUGUUUUUGCGACGCUAUCCAUUUAUAUGCUAUUGGCGACCGAGUAUCUAGAUUUGACACCGCAACCAAGUUUCCUCUCACAGUGAACCCCAAGUCAAGAUGGGUUGGUUUGACGGAAAAUCCUCAUCCUCGUCUUCCCACACACGUGUCCGCCGACGCUCUUCCCCCUCCCGACGCUCCACUUAUUCAUCCCAUCAUCCUCGCCACUCUACCCCCUCGCUUUUGAGUAUAAAUGGCGGCGGCAGUCGCGCAGGACGGACCAGCCCAUCGGUGCUUUCAUCGUCAUCGUCGCGACGCGCACGGCCCCGAUCAGGCUUCGUACAGCGGGUGGUUCGCUACAUCAAACGCUUGCUCCGUGAUAUCUACGACUACGCCCGUCGUAAUCCGGUGAAGGUUCUCAUUUUGGUUGUUAUACCGCUCCUCACGAGUGGUGUCUUGCAGAAAUUGCUCGCCAUGGUUGGCAUCCGCCUGCCUAAAAGCAUCUUUGGUGGAAACUCCCCGAAGACUAGCAGCAAUAGCAUGUCAGACAACAUCAAGGGACUCAUGAAUAUUGCGAAAAUGUUGAUGUAAACGCUGAGACGUUUGAUAACCAUCUCCUUUGGCUAGGGAGGUUUAUCGCAUGGGCAUGGAUCUAUCUUUCCUCUCACCAACUUGGACUGGAAGAUUAAGCGUGGAAGAGCCCGAAAAAAGCAGAGACGACUACAAUCAUGAUCACGAUAUGACGACAACGAUACGACGAAAAUUUGACCUGAUGGCUUUUGUUGGUUCAUACUUUCAGUGGUUGCUAAAAGGACCAAUAUUUUGGACACAACUUCUGACAUGUAUCAUGCACAGAGCUUAUAAGCAAUGUUUUUUUUGUGAUGUAUUUAGACACUAUUGCCAAUGAAAUGCUCGCCAGGGCCUUUGAAAAUGA